AUGAGCGGGCGCUCACUGCUCUGGAGUGUGGUAGGAACAGCCACGUUGGUGACAGCUGGUGAGGCAUGGCGCCGCUGGGGAGCUGACCUGGAACUCCAAGGGGGUGCUCCCUUUGUGGGGCGCGAGUGCGAGCGCACUGGUCUUGGAGCUGCACGGCAAGCUGUUGAAGAAGCGCCAAGCACCCUUCGCCAGCUCAGCGUGGUUCCUGCUGUGGGCACUGUGGUCCAGUUCAAAGAGUACAGGCUGAAGCCUGAGUUGAACUGGUGUUUUGGAGUAGUGGAAAGCCGCCAAGGCGGAGUGCUGACGGUCUGCCUGGCCGGAGGCUCCCUGGUGCAAGGUGUUGUUCCGGAGGACGUAAACUCGAUCGCCUUGAGUGACGUUGAGCCCUCAAGUGUGAGAGAGCUGCUUCAGGAAGCGGGGAAUACAAGUGACAAGGGCGCAGAGGGGGUCUCCUACGCCCCUCUGCAGGGGCAAUCGCGCAUGCUCGAGCAAGCCAAGAAGGUGAAAGAGCUACUGGUGUUGUGGCACGGACGGUCGGCUUUGCUCCCGGCCUGGACCAAGUCGUUUUGGCAAGAGGUGGGGCUUUUGGAGCCUCUUGAGCAGCGGUUGAAGGCCCUGUUGCUUUCUCAAGGCUAUCUGGGGCGGGGGGUGGGCUCCCCGCCAAGGUUCAAGGAGCUGAAGGAAAAGCUGGAAGAGCUCUCCACUGCGGGGGCUGUGGCGCAUUCCCUGGAUGCGUUCAGAGCUCAGGAUGGCAUGGCCUGGGGGGAAGACGAAGAUGGCCCCGAGAGCUGGGAGGCGGCGCUGCCGCCGGACCUCAAGCGAGCAGGGCCGGAGAUCUACUCCUCCAUGAAA